GCCAAAUGACUCAGAUUAGACACGGACGCGUAUGGGACCCCAUGCACCGCUAGUACUAUCAGUGCGACGGUCGUGUCGAUGACUCGACUCGAAGUUCAACGAUUAUUGGGAGUUAUUGUAUGUCGUAACGACAAGCCCGGAAAUUUUCAGUAGAGCUCUGAUCUAUCCAGAAGAUGACUGAUUGUUAUCGCUGUAAUCGCUACUUCAGCUCCAGGUCUGCUUACAACUAGCAUGUCCGAGACUCCAGCAAUCACUAGAAAUGCCGAUAUUGUCACGGUGAAGCCGAUUUCAAAUCCUGGCGGGGACUCAAAGAACAUUAUGUUCAGAGCCAUCCCUGAUGCCAGUAUUGCAAAGUCCAUUUCGACUCCCCGUUGAAGUUACAGGAUCAUUACGAAGGCGAUCAUGUUUACUGUAACUCAUGUAACAAGGUUUUUCAAGAACAACUUCGGUCUGCACGAACAUAAUCGACAGAAGCUUGAGCACGCCGACCUGUACUGCAUUGCGUACAGAAAGCUUUUCCAGACUACAAAUGGCCUUCGCUCUAAAACACCAAACUUGAACCGUCAGUGACUUGGAUAGCACCCGCCACCAGGAGAGUGCGGAUCGUUGCCCUCUCAAUAGCUCCAGACCUGCAUCACAAUUUAAAACAGCAAGUUUGUCACAUUCCUCCGUUCAUUCGAAUGUUAUAUCCACAUUGUUUCUUUCGUCACAGAUAAUAUUAAUCAGUUUAUAUUCUUCUACUAUUUUUAUUUAUUCUUUAGCUGGCAUCACCGCCUUACUUAUUACAAGUCACUAUCUGCGAACCUUAACAUCCUUAUUGACUCAUAAACCCAUUAUAAUG